AUAUAGCGGGAAAGUGAAUUGAGAAGUUAUUUGAUACUUCAAACAGAGAUUUUAAUAAUUUACGUAAUUUUUAACUUGAUUGAAACAUUUAUUAACGUUAUACGAUAAGGAGCGUUUCCUUCGCAAACCGAUCGGUAGUCAAGAAUUUUGAAAUGGAUAAACGAAAUAAAUUCAAAGGUCCACAAGCAAAGAGGUUUAAGUCGCAAGAUGACGAUGAAGAUGAAAUGCCGGCUAGUUUUGAAGAGACAUUGGCAGGAAUGGAAACUGACUUUGACACUCCUUAUAUAUUUGGUGAAGGCCCUGAAAAUCAAAAUACUAACAUUAAAUGGUCCCGAUCGACACCGCCUGAUAUGAACCCCAAUACCCAAUCUUUAGUGUUUCAACAGUUUGAUGUUGACCAUUAUAAUGGGCAGCCAAUUCCAGGUAUGCCAGGGUCUCAGCUAGCACCUGUUCCUGUUAUGCGUAUGUAUGGAAUUACUAUGGAAGGAAAUUCUGUUUGUUGUCAUGUACAUGGAUUUACACCUUACUUUUAUGUUACUGUGCCAUCAAAUUUUGGUGAAAAUGAAUGUUCUACACUCAAAAGUAAUUUGAAUAAAGCCAUGCUUGAGGAUUUGAGAUCUAACAAAGAUAAUAUAAGAGAAGCUGUUUUAGAGGUGAAACUACUAAAAGCAAAAUCCAUAAUGUAUUAUAAAGGUGAUAGUGAGAUUAUGUUUGCAAAAAUAUCUGUUGCUGUGCCAAAAUUGAUAGCAGCUGCAAAACGACUCAUUGAGAGGCAGCCCACAUCAUAUAAUUUAAUGGAUCCUUCAUUUUAUGAAACAAAUAUUGACUUUGAUAUUCGUUUCAUGGUAGACACAGCAUUAGUAGGCUGUAGUUGGAUAGAGUUACCUGCUGAAAAGUGGUCUAUUAGGAAUAAGAAUGGAAAAUUGUUACCUGAAUCUAGAUGUCAAAUAGAAGUUGAUGUUGCAUGGAAUACAUUUAUUGCUCAUCCUCCUGAAGGCGAGUGGUCUAAAGUCGCUCCAGUAAGGAUUUUAAGCUUUGAUAUUGAAUGUGCUGGUAGAAAAGGCAUUUUCCCUGAACCUAACCAUGAUCCCGUUAUUCAAAUUGCAUCCAUGGUUAUUAGACAAGGAGAAAUGGAGCCAUACGUUAGAAAUGUUUUUACUUUAAAUACUUGCGCUCCUAUUGUUGGUUCACAAGUCUAUAGUUUCCAAUCUGAGUCAGAAAUGUUAUCUAAAUGGUCAGAUUUUUUCCGGGAAUUAGAUCCAGAUAUCAUAACCGGAUAUAAUAUUAGUAAUUUUGAUUGGCCUUACUUAAUAAACAGAGCAAAACAUUUAAAGGUUGACAACUUUGAUUUCCUAGGACGCAUUAGAAAUAUACGAUCUGUCAUAAAGGAUUCAGUGAUACAGUCUAAACAAAUGGGGCGUAGAGAAAAUAAAAGCAUUAAUUUUGAAGGAAGGGUACCAUUUGACUUACUUCUUGUACUUUUAAGAGAUUAUAAACUGAGAUCAUAUACAUUAAAUGCUGUAAGUUAUCAUUUUCUUCAAGAACAAAAAGAGGAUGUUCACCACAGUAUAAUCACAGACUUACAAAAUGAAAAUGAACAAACUAGAAGAAGAUUAGCUAUGUAUUGUUUAAAGGAUGCAUAUUUACCAAUAAAAUUACUUAACAAACUAAUGUGUAUCAUUAAUUAUAUGGAAAUGGCUAGAGUAACUGGUGUGCCAUUAUUAUGUCUCUUAACCAGAGGUCAACAGAUCAAGGUAGUAAGUCAAUUACUUCGUAAGGCUAAGGAAGCUGGGUAUUUAAUGCCAACCUAUCAUGGUCAAGGAUCUGAUGACCAGUUUGAAGGUGCAACUGUAAUAGAGCCAAAGAAGGGCUACUAUGCAGAUCCUAUAUCUACUUUAGAUUUUGCAUCACUGUACCCCAGUAUUAUGAUGGCACAUAAUUUAUGCUAUACAACACUAGUACCACCAAAUAUGCAAAAAGAAUUAAAUCUAGAUGCUGAGGAUGUUACAAUAACUCCUUCUAAAAAUAUGUUUGUAAAGUCUAAUGUCAGGAGAGGACUUUUACCAGAAAUCUUAGAAUCUCUAUUAGCUGCCCGGAAAAAGGCUAAAGCUGAUUUGAAACAAGAAAAAGAUCCCUUUAAAAGGUCAAUUUUAGAUGGAAGACAAUUAGCCUUAAAGUUAAGUGCCAACUCUGUGUAUGGUUUUACAGGAGCUCAAGUUGGUAAACUGCCUUGCCUUGAAAUAUCAGGAAGUGUUACUGCAUAUGGAAGGACUAUGAUUGAAUUUACAAAAACAGAAGUUGAGAAGAAAUAUAGAAAAUCAAAUGGGUAUAAAGAAGAUGCAGUUGUUAUUUAUGGUGAUACUGAUUCAGUAAUGGUUAAAUUUGGGGUAAAAACAUUGGAAGAAAGCAUGGAAUUGGGAAGGGAAGCAGCAGAUUUUGUCACAUCUAAAUUUGUAAAACCAAUAAAAUUAGAAUUUGAAAAGGUCUAUUACCCAUAUCUGCUAAUUAACAAAAAGAGGUAUGCAGGUUUAUACUUUACCAAGCCAGAAACAUAUGACAAAAUGGAUUGCAAGGGAAUUGAAACAGUAAGGCGUGAUAACUGUCCCCUUGUUUCGAACAUGAUGAGCACUUGCCUUCAAAAACUGCUUAUUGACAGAAAUCCAGAUGGUGCUGUAUCAUAUGCUAAACAAAUUAUUUCUGAUUUACUGUGUAAUCGUAUUGAUAUAUCCCAACUUGUGAUUACAAAGGAACUUGCAAAAAAUGACUAUGCUGCUAAACAAGCUCAUGUAGAAUUGGCAAAGAAAAUGAAAAAGCGUGAUGCAGGCACUGCUCCAAAACUAGGAGAUAGAGUGCCAUUUGUCAUUUGUUGUGCUGCUAAAAAUACACCUGCAUACAUGAAAGCAGAAGAUCCUAUUUUUGUAUUAGAAAACAGUAUACCUAUAGACUUUAGUUAUUAUUUAGAGAAUCAACUAUCUAAACCAUUAUUAAGAAUCUUCGAACCAAUACUAGGAGAGAAAGCAGAAUCACUACUCCUGAAAGGAGAACAUACUAGAACAAAAGCAAUGGUAACUUCAAAGGUUGGAGCUCUGGCAGCUUUUACCAAAAAGAAGGAAAAGUGUAUUGGCUGUAAAUCAGUUAUGCCAAAUGACACAAAGAGAGCAUUGUGUGAUCACUGUUUGGACAAAGAAGGUCAGUUAUAUAUAACAGAAAUUUUCAAACAGAGACAACUUCAAGAUAAGUUUUCAAGGCUUUGGACUGAAUGUCAGAGGUGCCAAGGAAGUCUACAUGAAGAAGUUUUAUGUACGAAUCGCGAUUGCACAAUUUUUUAUAUGAGAAAAAAAGUUGGUAUGGAGUUGGAUACACAAGAGAAGACUGUAUUACGCUUUGGUGAACCUCUUUGGUAAAUUUGAUUUGAAAAAGAAAAAAAUUCAAAACAAAAUGAACUUUUAAUCUAAGAAGUUGAUAUUUUUGAUAUAUUGUAUCUCAACUGUAUGAAUAAAUGCAAUUGAAAUCUA